ACUACAAAGCAGAAACUAAAUCACAAAAUCCUAGCUCGCCUGGACGGAACCAUCCUCGGCCAAGCCACACCCCCUAAAUCCUCCAAUAAAACAGCACGAAGGUCCAAGGGGACCGCCUCAAUGAAGCUAAAAUUGACGUCCAUUCCGACACCAAAAUUAGCUAACCAAUCUGCAAUUGUGCAUUAUUAGAGUAGGGCACAGGUGAAGGCAGGAAAAAGUGGUGUCGAGCUCAGUACCCAAAUUUCCUCAACAAGGGGUCCAUGCAACACCGGACUCAUGUUUCUUAAUUGAACUUGUUCCCCUUUUCUCUCUCCUCACUGCCUCAUCUCAUCUGUCUCUCUAUCGUUGAUUGUGGAGUUUUUCAACUUCAUUGUUGUGUUCAUCUUCACCUUUUCUACCUUCAUUCUUACAGAAAUUGAGGAUAGAGAGAGAUGAAGAUUGAAAAUUAAGUUGAUUCAAAUCCCAAUCUUCCUCCAACUCAACUAAGCGAACAAAAUUUUUCUCCAUCAAGUAGUGUGUGGAUUGUAAAUCAGUUCCGAAAUUUGAGAUACUAUCAUGAACAAGUCAUCGUAAAAUUACGCUACCCCUGAAUUCCUGGAUCUGCCAGUGUCUACCUUGAUUGAACAAAAUCAAGAAAUAUGAGUGAAAUCAUAUCUUCUGAUGUCAAACAUCGACCUCAACAACAUAAUGAUGAUGUUGAUGAUGAUCUAAAGCAGAAAUAUGAAGCAGAUGAAGAUGUGCUCAAGUUCAUGGAUUCCCUCGAUUCUUACCUUUUCUUACUCGAUUCUCUCUCCUCCACACUUCGUCAGGGCUGGUUUGAUUUUUCUAGUGCUCGCUAUUCUAUGGGAGCUUCACGUGUCAAUAGUGUGUUAUUGGACCUUAAAGAGCACUCAGCUGCUACUCAUCUUGAAGUAGCAAAAGGUGACGAGCCACAUUUCACUCUUUGUAAGUGGGUAUCCGAUGAUGCUGCAGAUUCAACAGAAAUCAAAGAGGAUAAUAGUGGGCUACCGCAGAACUUAAAGAGUAUACGACCGCAAAACAAAGACUUAUCUCAACAAACUGGUAACAAGACUGAGGAGGAUAGCUCGCUAAGUAAAUUCUCUAUCAGUGAUGAUCAAGUAAAAAAGGAACGAUCAAAAUCACUUGCUGUUUUUGGCACGUUAGUGUCUCCUAAAUUGCGAGAUGCUCAGCUUUCAUUUGAGACAGCUUUGGAAAAACUGGUAGAGAUAGCAAAUGUGCGGUCAUCAAUGCUAUAUGCUUUUGAGCAAGUACGGAAACACAUAGAUGGCAUUGGGAAGUAAUGCAAGUUUCACCUUUGAUACUCAUAUGCCCGAGCCUGAGAGCGACAGAUAAAUGCUUCAUGGACCAUCACAGUUUCUCUUUGAUCCAAUAUCAUUCGGAGCCUUGGGAUGUUGAGAUACAGUUGCAGUUUCUGCAUGAGAUCAAUUUGUACUCAGUUUUUUACGUAACUUAAUGCAGCUUAUUCUUUGAUGAGUCUGUGAAACUUAGCUGUCUCCAAAUAGAUCUAAGUUCUUGUUUCCACUGGAAUCUGGUUGCUGUCAACCACAAGGUCCACAAUAGCAAAUGUAUGCAAUUUUUUGUGCCUGUUGGAGCAUAAUAUAUAAUGUCUUAAAAGAGUAAAUGCUCA